UUCAACUUUCCAAAAUUUAUCAAACCAUUGUAAACGAAAUAUACACUGACUUUGAAAAGGCAACUCCUUGAAGGUAAUCUUAUAAUUGUCCAAUAAUGAUUUAAUUUUUUUUUUCUCCCGACGUAUCGUUACGUCAACGUUACUCUAGCUAGCUUCAGCCUCGUCACUCUAUACGUAAAAUCCAUUGCGUAUCUGCGUACAUAGAUGCAUAUUCAUAAACACAUAGGUAAAACUUACACGAAAGUAUACCUAUUUACUAAUUAUAUACCGUUUUGCACACUCGUUUCGUAUUAUUAUAAUGUAUAACUGAGAGCUCAAGCGCAGGCGCUUUUCGCCAAACACACACAUGCAAAGGAAUAUUCAAUGGGUAUGCAACGUUGUGUAGGUAAAGGGUGGCCAAGGGGUGGGGGGGAACACUUGCGGCCCCCAUCGAGAAUCCUAUAUAAGAGUACCGAGACCGGCUCGACACCGUGUCAAUGUGUUUUUUAUCAUUCAACGGGGCCGAAGUCCUUUUUUCUGCACGUGAAUAUAUUUGUCGGUAUUUUUCGUCCGCACGGUAGAUGAAGGAGACGAAAUAGAAGUGCGCCGAUAAUUAUACGAACGAGUUUUGAUUUUUGUUUUUUCCUUUCGAAUUCGGUGGUGGACGUCCUUAAUGACAGUUGAAAAUUUUCAAUUUACUUUCGAUAUAUUUUCCGACUCCGUUACUGCGAUAUUUUCAAAUUAUUUAACCAUCGGUUGAUACUCCUUUCAUUACGGAUAUUCAGUUUCUUUCAACUUCCCUUCGGAAAAUAAACUCCUUUCCUGCGAACGGUUUAAAUAAAAACGUACACGCGGCGAUAAACGAUCUUCGAUUUUCACUAUGAAGCUUCUAAUACGAGCGGAUACUCACAUUAACAUUGAAGUUCCAGGAAACGCACCCAAGGCAAUAUGGACAAUAUCACAGGUCAUCGCAGCUCUUUCGGUAUCCCUCGGUUCGAUGGUCGUUGGUUUCUCAAGUUCGUACACAUCACCGGCUUUGGAAUCAAUGAAGAACGAAACUUCGCUAGGAGUGACAGAGGGAGUGGGUUCCUGGAUCGGUAGUGUUAUGCCUCUGAGUGCGCUUUUCGGUGGAAUGGCGGGCGGACCGAUGAUCGAAUACUUGGGCAGAAGAAACACGAUUCUUACAACCGGAUUGCCGUUUAUCGGAUCUUAUCUGCUGAUCGCCCUUGCGAUAAACGUUGAGAUGAUACUCUGCGGUCGUGUUUUGGGAGGAUUUUGCGUCGGUAUAGCUUCGCUCGCGCUUCCCGUUUAUCUCGGUGAAACAAUCCAACCGGAAGUACGAGGUAGCCUUGGACUGAUGCCGACGGCUUUGGGAAAUAUCGGAAUCCUGUUGUGCUACGUCAGCGGUAUGUAUUUAGACUGGUCGGACCUGGCGAUACUGGGCGCGCUACUUCCGGUUCCGUUCAUCGUUCUGAUGUUCGUCAUACCGGAAACACCGCGUUGGCACAUCGCUAGGGGAAACAAGGAAAACGCACGUAAAUCGCUGCAAUGGCUUAGAGGAAAAAAGACGGAUGUUUCCGAGGAGUUGAGCGCCAUUGAGAAGGCCCACGCCGAGAGUGAGAGGAACGCCUCGAGGGGUGCAUUCAGAGAGUUGUUCAAGAAGUCCUACACCAAGCCACUGCUCAUUUCCCUCGGACUUAUGGCCUUCCAACAGUUGUCCGGUAUCAAUGCCGUCAUUUUCUACACCGUAACGAUAUUCAAGGAUGCCGGAAGUACGAUCGACGAGAACGUUUGCACGAUAAUCGUAGGAGUUGUGAAUUUCCUGUCAACGUUCAUGGCUACCGUGCUUAUCGACCGACUGGGUAGAAAAAUCCUGCUGUACAUAAGCAGCGUAUCGAUGAUAGUGACUCUGUUCACCCUCGGGGUGUUCUUCUACGUUAAACACCUGAAAAUCGACGUGACGGCUGUCGGCUGGCUACCGUUGACGAGUUUCGUGAUAUACGUGAUCGGAUUCUCCCUCGGAUUCGGUCCGAUCCCGUGGCUAAUGAUGGGUGAAAUAUUGCCGGCAAAAAUUCGCGGAUCGGCCGCAAGUGUCGUUACGGCGUUCAACUGGACCUGCACAUUUAUAGUGACGAAAACGUUCAACGACAUAAUAGCCCUGAUCGGUGCGUACGGCACCUUCUGGUUAUUCGGAUUGAUAACGCUUAUGGGUCUGAUAUUCGUAUUCGUAUUCGUUCCGGAAACGCGUGGAAGAUCGUUGGAGGAAAUUGAAAUGAGGCUUACCGGACCGGUGAGAAGAAUGAGCGCGGUUGCGAACAUAAAACCGUUGCCGACCGCUUGCUAACGAAAUUCAUUCGCGAUCGGCUGAUUUAACCCGCAACCCAUUUUACUUCAAAUACAUUUUAUCUUUUAUACAAAUUCAUUUUCUCAUCAAUGCACGGAUAUAUUCGACAACAUAUAUUUUAAUAAGUCCAAAGAAUUUACAUAGUUUAUUAUUCCAUACAACGGCACUUCAAUUUAUUCAUUUAAACAUCGUUGCACGGACGUUAUAGUUACCCGUAUAUUACGCAAUAUCAUUUAUACGCGAAGAAUGGAAGAAAACGAAGAUGAAAGAUCAAACGCCGACAUAGAUAAAGGGAGAGACGCGUUAUUUUGCGAUGCCUUUUUCCGAGGUAAACAAAAAGACAAGAAUUAACGAAAGAAAAAACAAAACAAAUGGUUCCUCAAAUUUACGAAGCGUGCUAUAUAUAAUAUUUUUACCCGUGUAUAAUAUUUAGUUUAUACGCGGUAUAUUGUAUAGGUAUAUUAUAAUAAUAAUAAUAAUAUAGUGUGCAUGUGUACGUACAUUGUAGUUAUGUGCGUAUAAGAAUUAGUGUACAAAUAUACUAUAUGUAUAUAUGUACAAUAGUUGCAACAGUGUGAAUAUACUUUGUGCGUCUACUUUUUUUUUUUUUUCUUAUUUCGUUCUAUAUUAUACGCUCGAUGUUGCUGAUAUAAAAUUCAUAUUGAUCGUAAAAAAUAGAAGAAGAAACAAAAUGGAAAUAACGGAAAGUGCACAAAGAAUGUUGUGAAAAAAUUAUAACGUAUUUCUUUUGGUUGAAAUUAUUUUCAUCUUCGAAUCAAUAUCACGGUGUUAUAAAGAUAUAAAGAACUAAUGAAAGUACAAACGCCGAUAAAAAUGCGUAUGUAUGUGUAUGUAUAUGCGACACACGUUCGCAGGACAUAAAAGAAAGGGAAAAGACCGGGACAUGAGAAAAGUAAAGUAAUGAAGUUAGGAAAAACAAAAAAAAAAAAAAAAAAGAAAACAAAAAAAAAAGAAAGAAAGAAAGAAAGAAAAGGAAACUUGACACAGAAUCAUUUUACAGCAAUAUUUUAAACGAAAUAUAACGCGUUAUGCGUAUGUACACACACGUAUAUUCAAUAUAUAAUGUGUAUUCGUGAAUAUAGGUAUAUAGCGUCGGUGUUGACUAGAUUCAUAAUUUUUCUCAUGGAUAAUUAUCGUCGUCGUUUUAUGAUGAUCUCAAAAAAAUUUCUAAAAAAAAAAAAAAACAGACAUUCCUAUGUACUACAUUCCUAUAUACUUGCACAGUCUCUACCUCAGAAUGCAAAGGAUUAAAAAAAACCUAUAUAUGUAUAUAAAUAUGUAUGUAAAUAAUCGUCGAUUAUGAUGAUGAUGAUGAUGAUAAUAAUGAUAAAAACAAAAUAACAAUAUUCCAUGGAAAUACGACGUAACGGUGCCUAAAUCCUAAUGAUACGUAGUUAGUUGUAAAGAUACAUAAAUAUAUAUAUAUAUAUAUUAUAUUAUAUAUAUUAUAGGUCCAGAAAUAAGAUAUUCGUGUUUAAUUUAUAAAAACAGAAAUUUAUAUUUCUAUAAUGUAAUGUAUUCUUCUGUAGAUAAUAUUUUUUAAUUGACUUUGUGUUUUCAAAAUUCAAUCUAUUAUUAUUAUUGCUAUUAUUUAGUAAACUUCGAUAAGAUGCAAGGGAAAAUUUCAAAGCGAAGAAUUGAUUAAAAGGAGAAUUAUUAUGUUUAGAUUUUGUAUAUAAUAUUAUGGAAAAAGGAAAAUAAGACAUUUUUUUGUCCAUAUUAUCGUUCUCAAUGUUUAUCUAAACAAUAUAAAGAAUAUACGAUGAAAUUUUCUUCAGUAUAGAAAAGUGACGAAUAUUGUAUGUUACCUGUAGGUUAAUAUUAUAAUUUAUAAUAUCAAAUGUAUGUAUGUAUUAUUAUACAUGCACACGCGCUAAUUAUCUAUAUUUUAUUGAUAUAUGACGAGAUAUGGCGUACCAUAUCAAUAGCGGGUAGGAGGAUAUGUUAGAUGAAUAAAAGCAUGUUUUUCAAUUUUUUUUUAAAAAUAAAAGUGAAAAUGAAAAUCAUACAGUUUAGAAAAUAAUAAAUGGACUUUGGUUGAAUAUUGAACGAAAAAAUGUCGCACGACUUAGUCAGCUCAAUUUUGUUAGGACUCUGCUACCGCAAAUUAUGCCUACGCGUAAGAUUAUUCUCGACGAUCAUGUAUAUGACAAAAAAACACACUCAUAGUAAAAAGAAAUAUAUUAUAUUCAUUUUCGACGAGCUGAGAAAAAAAUCAAGAAAAAGAAACCAAACUAACAAACGUUAUUGUGUAUAUAUUUAUGUACCUACUCAAAACAAAUUUAUAGACAACAUUUUUGCCCAUUCGUUCACGAAUAAAUAAUUUUUAAAAAAGAAAACUCAAAUGCUUUACGUGUUUUGUAUUUGGCCAUAUUCAUGUCAUAUAUAUAAUACAUCUAUAUUUUAGUAUAUUAUUAUAUCCAUUAUACUGAAUCGAAUGUCGAAUUAGUAUUAUUACUAUACCUACGCUAUUGUUAUUACUGAUGUUUCAUUCCUGUAAUAUUAUUGUACUCGUUACUUUACUUCAUUUGUGUUUAUCAUGAAUAGAUACCCAGAUAAUUCAAUCACUAAUUUAAUCUGAAAUAGAUGUAUAAAUACGAAGUAGAAGUGUCAAAGGUUUUCCGAUGGAUGUAUGUGAAAAGCCGAAGUAUACAAAGAAUGGCGGGCAAACUACGCGCGGAUAUAUAAAUAAGUACAUCAUGUAUUUAUACAAGUUUUUAUAUUUUUAAGAAUCACGAUCUACUCGCAAAUCAUAAUAUAAUAUUAAACAACAAACAUAUUUAUGUAGAUAUUAAGGAAUAAUAUUUUAUAUACAAUAAAAUACAACGAGAACAAAAAAGAAAAGAAUGUAACAUAUUCAACCGAUCUAACCUUAUUUUUUAUUAAAUUAUAAUUAUAGUUUCCAAAUUCAGUUAUAUACCGACCUCAUCUUUAUAUGAAUGAUAUUUGUGAACCACAACGUUAAUAAUAUUACGGUGAUUGAGAUAUCUUCAUCUUUUUUUCAAUAAAGAAGACUCUUAUUUUA